UGCCUGUCAGCUCGUGGACCGCAGCAUGGGAAGGAUUUCGGUGACAUUAUCUACAGAGAAGCUUUUUAAAGUUUUAGUCAUUGGGGAUCUGGGGGUUGGGAAAAGCAGCAUUGUCAUGCGUUAUGUUAAUAAACGCUUUGAUGAAACAUACAAAGCAUCCAUUGGAGUUGACUUUGCCCUAAAGACAAUUGAAUGGGAUCCCAAGACAGUGGUGAGACUACAGCUUUGGGAUAUUGGAGGCCAAGAGAGGUUUAAGAACAUGUCCCGAGUGUACUACAAAGAGGCGAUGGGAGCAGUAGUGGUCUUUGACAUUACAAACAGCUGCACCCUGGAGGCUGCCUCUGAGUGGAAGCAAGACCUGGAUACCAAAGUGCGUCUUGACAGUGGCCAACCGAUCCCUGCUGUCCUGCUGGCCAACAAAUGCGACCUGACGGGGAGGGAUGGAGCCUUGGUGUCCUCUCUGGACAGCUUUUGUAAAGACAACAGCUUCCUGGGCUGGUUUGAGACUUCUGCUAAGGAAGAUAUAAAUAUUGAAGAGGCAGGUGCCUUCCUUGUCAAACAAAUAAUGCUGUGUGACACCAGCCUGUCCGUUGAAGAGCACCACUGGGAUAGGAUCAAAGUGAACCAGACUCCCACGGAGAGUCAGAGUCAGUCACUGUGCUGCGGGAGAUCACUGUUCUGAGACAAAGAGCCAAACGAAAGCUACUGCUGGUUAAACAGAACCUGACCUGUUUGUGGUGCUGGGACAUGAAUCCACAGCCGCCUCAGUGAAGCUAUGACAGAAAGCCACCAAGCUUCAGUAGCUUUAUAUUCAUAUUUCUGCUUUGCUGAUUUUUCUCAAUAAUCUAUGGACUGUGUGGGCUGCCUCAUAAACACCUCUGUGGAGACAAUGAGCUCAUUCCUCUGAUAAACCACUGAUCCAGUCAGGAUAAUAAACAGAUCAGCAUGAUACACAUCCUGCUGGGAAAAGCCUGUGACACUCACUGCACAACCAAGACGUGCUAGUGAAUGACCCACUAUGAUGAGGAGCCACAAGCUAUCUAACGUUUAUUCCCAUGCAGAAAAACAGCGAAAAUGUAUAUUUCAUCAAAUAGUCCUCAUCAAAUGACACUUUAUUUGAUUGCAGCUUCCACUGUGCCUUCGUCUGUUAUGCAACCCAUGCAUAUAAUUAUCUCUUAAUCACUUUUGCAGUAAGAUGAGCUAAGACCCAUGCACAAGCAAGGCAUCUCAGAUUGAUAUGGCCAAAAGCAGAGAAAAGCUAUCAGCAUGACCUGAUUUUGGUGGAGAAAAGAGAUUUGUGAAAAUGCCCAGAAAGUACACAGUGUCCUAUACUGGGAGCAGAGCAUUUAGCAUCUAUCUAACAAAUAUCAGAAGAGUGAGUGUAUGUGACUGUAUGUGUCAAUGAAGUAAAAUAUCAGCCACUAAAUUCUGGCUGAGAUUGAAAUAAAACCAUUUGGAAGUAAAUGACAAGCUCAUCCAUUCAUCGCACACCCUCGACAGGUUACCAGGCUUAUAAGUUCAUUAUUUCGUUAGUUUAGUUAUUGCUACACUGCCUAAAGUAACUGGAUAAUUCUACGUUGAUCAACUUAACAAAUAUAUUUCUUGCCUCUUUUUCAUGGACAGUUUGUUCAUUUAAAUCAUGUCACCAUGACCUUUUUAAAGGCUUGUAAAUUUUAUGCUUUAAUCAGUUACAAGGUGUUUUAACAGAAUACGUUUGAAAUAAUAACUUUUAAUUGAGUGGUUUGUUUUAAUGCUAUUAAUGUGAAAUUAAAGUGCCUUCAAAGUCGGACAUUUAAACCAGUGCAAUGUACGAUACCUUGUCUUGCUCAUUGACAUGUUUU